AUGAAAUCUUUCAUAACGACUGCAAUAACACUUCUUCUCAUGUUCUAUGUCCGGUUGUCUGUGGCUUACACAUCUUCCUACUGCAAAAUAUUAUGCUUGGACGCACUGCUUCAAAAUUCACUCUUCAAUAAAUACUGUAUUUUCGAGAAUUCAUGUUACCAGUAUAUUUGCGGACUUAUUAACAAAUAUCCGACAUCUGAUUGCCCAGAAAUCUGCGAACACACGAUGGCCCACUUCAAGAGAAUUCGUUCCUUACGUCCUGCUGAAGAAAUGGGCAAAUUUUUGGAAAUUUGUUCGCACUCCAGUUGGAGAGCUACUACUCCAAUUCCUAUUCGUAUCCCGCGUGCCCUUCUACGAAGCGAUCACUACAGUUGCUACGGCUUAUGCCGUGCAAUAACGAGUGCAAUAUUUAGCAAACCCUGUCGUGAUCGUUGGCGCGUUUUAGAAAAUUGCGAACUUGUUGCUAUCAAAGAGACGGUUCGUGGAGACUAUUACUUCGAGACAUGCCCAACGAUAUGUGAAGACAUAGCUGAACAUUUCGCCGACUUUCGUGAUAUGGACAGGUCUAGACACCGUGAGUUUUGUCGACUAAUUAAAGCGUUACAAACAACAACAACCACGCCUUCAACAACAACGACAACCACGCCUUCAACAACAACGACAACAACGCCUUCAACAACAACAACAACAACAACAACAACAACAGAGAUGACUUAUCCAAACGAAGGAUUUCGCAAUUGCGAAGAGCUGUGCUGGCACGUAUUUCCUAAAACUCUUAAACCUACGAAGUUUUUCUGUCCGCAAAAAGCAAAAAAUUACAAUCCUUGUACUCUUAGUUCCUGUAAGGAAGUUAAUAGAGGAAUACCUGCUUUAACGAUGGAAGAUGGGGAAGAUUCCAAAUAUGCUUGUCCAAAGAUGUGCUUUUCCAUGGCAGUUGUAAUGCGUGACCGCGACAUGAAUAGACGAAACUAUCCCGGAAAACUGAUUCGUGGAAUUUGUUCGAGAAUUUCAACAUCAAAAACCACCACACCUUUUUCAACAACAACAGCGAUGACCUAUCCAAGCCAAGAAUUUCACAACUGCGAACAGCUGUGCCAGCACGUAUUUCCUAAAACUCUUGAACCUACAAAGUUUUUCUGUCCGCAUAAAUCGAAAAAAUACAAUCCUUGUACUCUUAGUUCUUGCAAUGAAGUUAUUAGCGGAAUACUGAUGGAAGAUGGUCAAGAUCCCGAAUAUGCUUGUCCAAAAAUGUGCUCGUCUAUGGCAGUUGAAAUGCGUGGCCGCGACAUGGACAGACGACAGUUUGAUGAAAAAAGGAUUAGUGAAUUGUGUUCGGGCAUUGUUCCGGCGUCACAGACUACUGCAAAGCCUCCGACAACAAAAGCAGCCACCUGUCCAAAUGAGAAAUUUUCCAGCUGCAAAGAUCUAUGCGAAUAUGGUUUGAGUGAAACCCUUCGUGAUGAUCCUCGUCUUUGUUGGGAAGGGAGAAAUUCCGUCACUCUUUGCGUUCAUUAUGCUUGCGAGAUAAUCGUUCGCCAGAAUCUGAUGCUCGAACAUGUUUGUCCUGAGAUGUGCCCAUCCAUGAUAGCUGCAGUGCGUGAAGUGGAAGCACUACACCCUCGUACUUCUGCGAUCAUUCUCGAGCUGUGUUUGAAUGUUAGUUCAACGCCUACAAUAUUUCCAAUUUGUCCGGACACAACCAUCUCCCAAGUUGAACACCCCCAGACAUUGUCCAGACCACUGUGGAGCCCGGCAUAA